AGCUCGCCGCCGUCCGCCAUGGUUUCGUGGAGCGACGACAGCGAGGAAUCGGGCUACGAGUACUCUUCAGGCGGCUCCCCUAUCAAGAUCCCGGCUACAAUCGAGGACCCGAACUACUCUGGUGUUGACGAUGAGGUGAUGGUGAUGUGUGAGCAUGGCCAGCCGGCGAAGAGGCAUGUUUGCUUCGAAGGGAUUAGCACUGGGAGGAGGUUCAUUGCCUGCGGACUUGAUGAAGCAAGCAGUUGUGGUGUUGUUCAGUGGGUAGAUGAGGAGUGGCCAGAGCAUCUGCAGAAUGCUCUUCACAAACUAUGGCUUUUGUAUGAGGAUUGCCAGCGUGCUAAUAGGAUGGCAUGUCUGGAACAUUCAUCACUUGUCCACAAUCUCACAUCACAGAAGAACAAGCUACACAGGAGACUUAUGAGAAGCUUGUUGAGGAUGUGA